CGGUCAUGUGCUUCGGCUGCGUCAUAGCUUCCAGAUCUAAAUUUUCCUCAGCCUGACUAUUGGGGAAAUCAUUAGGUAUAAAACACUCGGCCUUCUUCGAAAAGGCUACCGCCUAUUGCAGUAGCUCAGCCGAAAAUUGCUUUGUUCUGCUCCCUGUAAGUGAAUUAAUUUCGUCCAUUCGAGCUCGCCACCCUACAAAUCCCCUUCGGCGGUAUCAGGAAAACGGCCAGCGAUCAAUUCGAGCUAGUAGUAGUCCCUUCUCAAACACUGCGCAUCUAUAUCUAUUAGAUAUCCGAUGUUCUGCGUGACCUAAUCUGUGGAAAAAAACGAAGUCAGUUCGUUGAAUGACAAAAAACCUGUACCAACUAUUCGCCCGCCAUCUACCCUGUCGCAGUGAAAUUGUUUCGUGACCGUCCGAUGGUGAUCACGAAACAAUGUCCCACAGAAUCAUUCUCUGUCGCCAUAAACACAGCCGUACCAAGAAAGAAAAAUUUUGAAUAUGUGCGAAAUUAUCCACCUGACACCGAAAUCGUCUGUGACGACGGCACGAAAAUCAACGUUCAUCGUGUGCCACUUUCGACCGCGUCGGAGUACUUUAGAGCGGCCUAUUUUACAUUCGGCGCCGCACAUGGCCCGGGUACUAUUCGGAACACAUUAAGCGUACCCAUGCUCAAAGCAAAUCAGCUACAAAUGGCUGUUGAUUUCGCUUAUAGUGGCGAAUGCGAGCUCACAUUUGACAAUAUACAGGAUGUCGUCGAAACAGCCGACUUUCUUGGAAUGGACGCACUUAUUGAAGCGUGUCACAGAUUUAUGAAAGAGAACUCACAAGGACCAAACGUGAUUUCGUUAUGGCGACUUGCAACACUGUACAUGAUGAACGAGGUGGCCAACAAACUGCACCAUCGAAUACUUGAGGACUUCGAACAGCUGGCGGAAGCUGACGAGGUUCUCGACAUGACGCUUGAAGAAUUCUCCGGAUUUGUUAAUCACGACCAGCUAAACAUAAGUGAUGAGGCGAAACUCUGGUCGAUCUGCCUCCGUUGGAUUGAGCACGAUCUAGAAGAUCGCCAACGACAUCUGUUUCCACUGCUGAAAGCUAUACGGGUGUAUCUGCUUGAGGAAAACCAGCUUCGUAAGAUGCUGACAUCAAGCUCCCUCCUAACCGAAGAUCCUCAAUGCUCUUCAUAUAUGAUAUCUGUCGGCCGUGCGAUGUACACAAAGGCUGCAGUCAAAGCGGAGUUGAGCGGUGAACUCGAGAAGACUUCAAUUCCACGUGAACCUCAUGGAGUGAUCCUUCUAUUAGGUGGGUGGCUUCAGGCGCCAUCAAACGUCUUUGAAGUUUACGACCCCUGCGCUGACCGACAUACGCUAUUUCCUCAGUUUGCUGACGUAGAAGAGAUGCGGGCGUACCACAAGAUGGCCAUUGUUGACGGCGACGUGUUUGUCGUUGGAGGAUUUCACGGAGAUAUUAAUUACCAUAAGCACUGUCGGAAGUACAAUCUCGCAACGAAGUCGUGGUCACACGUGACGCCAAUGAACGUCGAGCGUUGCUAUGUGAGUGUAGCAGUUGUCGGUAGAAAGAUCUACGCUAUCGGUGGUUAUAAUGGUCGCUUCCGUUUAAAUACGGCCGAGGCGCUAGAUCUCGAUUCGAAUCAGUGGUCCUUCAUACGACCAAUGGAGUACCAGCGCAGUGACGCGGCCUGCACCGUCCUCAACGGGAUGAUAUAUGCUAUCGGGGGUUUCACAGGCAGACGAUGCAUUCGCACUGUCGAGCGAUAUAAUCCCAAAACUGACACAUGGGCAGCUGUUGCUCCUAUGAGUAGCCUACGUUCGGGCGUGAGUGCAGUCACGUUACGAGGGAAAAUUUACGCCCUCGGCGGUUCUACCAGCGGCAAUGGCCGGCUCAGGUCGUGCGAGGUGUACGACCCUGUGCGUGAUAGCUGGUCCCCGAUCGCAAGUAUGUUAACAGCCAGAAGCAACUUCGCAGCGGUAGUUUGCGAAGACCUAAUCUAUGUUUUCGGCGGGUACACAGGUGAGGAAACGACGAGAUUAUGCGAAUGCUACAAUUCGACCAGUGACGAAUGGUUCGUAGUAACCGAUAUGAAUCAUGCAAGGUCGGCACUUGCAGCCCUGUUCGUACCAUGCUUCGACGGAAUCCGUGAGCUCACCUAUCCGAACCGCAAGGGAAUCCUUCAGGAAGGUCAGAGACCACCACCAUCACCGUCACCGCCCGCGUGUCCCUCAAAUCCACGUCAACUGCAGGCGACAUCCGGCGCGUCAACUACCCCAAUAACAUCAGCGACGCGAACGACCACAGCCGUAACGCCUGUAGGGCCAACAACUACUCUCUUAGCUAACACAAACAGCAGUCGGCGGUCGUUCACAUUGCAGUGAUCGCGUUAUUGAGAACUUGUAGAAAAACUGAUAGAAGGUUGCUUUUCGAUGAAAAUGUAACAACAUAAUGAUACAAAAUUUAUUAUGCUUGUAAAAGUUAGACUUAAGGAUCAAAACUUGUUGUCCGCUGCUAAAGUUAGGUCAAGCGCUAAAAAAUAGUGGAUAUUUUUAAGCUACGUUCCUUGCAACAACGGUGGAAAAAGCUUUUUGUCAAAAUGUUCUGUCGAAGUUGGAAAACAGCUAAACAAGUGUUAUAGCAGGUAAUAACAGGUCAGCUGAUAGGUAAGAAUACCUUUGAAAGAGGUCGUGUUGCACCGAAACUGGCGUGAUACAGUAACAACGAAUUUAAAACGUGAAGGCAAGUAACGAUCAGCAGACUCGUAACGUAAAUUUUCCAUGAAAUUGACGACAUAGGAAAAUGGAAGAAACGGUGGAAAAGAAUUGAAAAAAACCAUAGAAUAUUAAAAAUUGUCGAUAAAAGCUCGCCAAAAUUGCACCAACAGACGGUAAAACAAAUAAUUUAAUCAAUGCUACACAAAUAAAUUACUA